UAUGAUUCCCACAUGGCUGGACCACGCUGCAACCCGGCUGCAAAAGAGAUGAUAUAGUCUGCGGAGUCGCGGAAAGAAGAAGUGGUGGCAGUUUUCGCACCACGCAUCGUUUUGCGCUGGCGCAUUCGCCUGUUUGUGUAGUACGUGAUGCCAUUGCACUGCGUUGUUUCGGCUUAGUUCAUUUAUCCCCUUGCACAGGGUGCAAGGGAGCCUCGCGGAGUCGCGGACUACAACCUUUUCCCCUACGUAUUCUCCCAACUGCGGGGAAGCUACGGAGUAGGGUGCGGGGGAUAAGGGGGGGAAAGAGCCGCAACUGAGUGAUCAUCAGUGCCAACCCUGGUUGCCCGAGCGUCUUCCUGCCGAAUGUCACGUUGGAUUUCUAUAUAAUCCAGGGUGAGCCACCGACAUUAUAGAAGUAAACCAACAGACUGGCGAUCCAUCUUCCUCUCCCACUCUCUGGCAAGAUCUGAGAAGGCACUUCACAACCUCAGCUUCAACUCAGGGUUUAAGCUUGCGAGACAGAGAACAUGUCGGACGAAAUCAACGAAAAGGGCGCGGCCCAGGUCAAGGAGGGCAAGACUGCUCCCAAAGACUGGAAUCUUCAAGAUGUACUCCCCAAGAACCCCGAGCCUUGGUACAAGCAGCGCCAUCUCCUCCUCCUCAAUCUCGCCAUGGUUGUGCCCGCCCUCUCAUCCACGACAAACGGAUACGACGGCUCCAUGCUUAACGGGUUGCAGUCAAUGAACCAAUGGCAGGAUUAUUUCGGCCACCCGACAGGCACUCGCCUUGGUUCACUCGGUAAUGGAACCAUCUUCGGUCAAAUCCUCGCCCUCCCGAUCGUUCCAUGGCUGUGCGACCACACGGGAAGACGCUUUCCUAUCUUCUUGGGGUCAGCGCUUCUCGUCAUCGGAGCCAUUCUCCAGGCUGCAGCGCAGAACUAUGGAAUGUUCCUCGCCUCACGAAUGAUUAUUGGAUUUGGAGGCUUGAUCGCCGUGGAACCGUCUCCUUUGCUCAUUAGCGAGCUGGCAUACCCGACACAUCGCGCAGUCAUAACGGCUUAUUACAACAAUCUGUGGUAUUUAGGUGCAAUUCUCGCGGCUUGGGUAACCUAUGGAACGUACUUCAUGGGACCUAGCAAUUCAUGGUCGUGGAGAAUUCCGUCUUUGCUUCAGGGCUUCAUGCCUCUUCUCCAAGUUCUCUUCGUUUAUCUUCUUCCUGAGUCUCCACGAUAUCUGAUUCUGAAGGGCCGUCAUGAUGAAGCACGCAAGGUGCUCGUAAAGCACCACGCCGGUGGGGACGAGAGCUCGCCCCUUGUGGAGUUCGAGAUGAAGGAAAUCACCCUGCAGAUCGAGGAAUCGCAAAACUCGUCCGGAACAGGCUACGGCGAGUUCUUGAAGACGAAGGGUAACAGGCAUCGCCUGUUCCUUAUUAUCGUCGUUCCGGCUAUGAUGCAGAUCUCAGGAAAUGGUCUUAUCUCUUACUAUCUGCAUCUCAUCCUUGAUUCCAUCGGAUACACUUCAGCUCCAGCGCAACUCCGCAUCAACGGUGGCCUCAUGGUUUACAGCUUCGGUAUUUCAGUCAUACUCGCGUCAUUUGUAGAAAUCGCUGGACGUCGUCGUCUAUUCCUCAUCUCUACCGUCGGCAUGAUGUGUUCCUUCAUCAUCUGGACAAUUCUCUCGGCCAUCAACGAGCAGCGCGCUUUCAAAGACACCUCUCUCGGAGCCGGUGUCAUAACCAUGAUCUUCAUCUUCAACCUCUUCUACAAUAUGGGAUUGAAUGGCCCACCGUGGUUGUACGUCUGCGAGAUCCUCCCUACGCAUCUCCGUGCGAAGGGUGUCAACAUCAUGCAGUUAUCAGCCACGUGUGUGCUGAUUUUUAACGGUUACGCGAACCCUGUAGCUAUGGAGGCAAUUUCGUGGAAGUACUAUAUUGUUUACUGCUGCGUACUUGCGGUGGAAAUAGUCCUCGUCUAUUUCUUCUUUCCAGAGACCAAGGGGAGGAGUCUGGAGGAGGUCGCCUUCAUUUUCGAUGGUGAUAAGGCGUUUGGGGAGAAUCACAGUACAGAGGCAAUUGCGACCAAGGAGAUCGAGGCGUGAUGGUUUACAGUUGCGAGUUAACCUAUGGAGUUGAAGCCUGUCCUGAGUGUAUUGACACACCAGGGUUACUUCCACUUCCUAAUAGCUGUUUCUAGUUCUCAUAUGUAGCUUUUUCAAUUCUUUUGAAACACUUAACACAGACCC